AUGGCACACAAGGAUAAUAACGUCGAUAAAUCUUACCGUGUCUGGGGGCCAGAAACAGAGGAUAGCUAUCGCCCGCGCUCUACUGAAAAUCCCAUCCAUCCUCAUACUAGACGAGGCUACCAGGUGUACGAGGCUGCUGGGCUGGCCAAUGCUGACAGUUUUAUCCGACAGUUCCCUGAUGGCUACAGUACCAUUCUGGGGGAGAGAGGAGUUACCGUGUCUGGGGGCCAGAAACAGAGGAUAGCUAUCGCCCGCGCUCUACUGAAAAUCCCAUCCAUCCUCAUACUAGACGAGGCUACCAGGUGUACGAGGCUGCUGGGCUGGCCAAUGCUGACAGUUUUAUCCGACAGUUCCCUGAUGGCUACAGUACCAUUCUGGGGGAGAGAGGAGUUACCGUGUCUGGGGGCCAGAAACAGAGGAUAGCUAUCGCCCGUGCUCUACUGAAAAUCCCAUCCAUCCUCAUACUAGACGAGGCUACCAGGUGUACGUCGCUGCUGGGCUGGCCAAUGCUGACAGUUUUAUCCGACAGUUCCCUGAUGGCUACAGUACCAUUCUGGGGGAGAGAGGAGUUACCGUGUCUGGGGGCCAGAAACAGAGGAUAGCUAUCGCCCGCGC